AGAAAGGAGAACACACCCUGUAAAGUGUGUAUACAGGGUAUGGUGCAGUAUGAGAUCAUUGUAAAUCGGUAACGGAGACGACACAGGUAUAUUUGACGUUUGAGCUCUUAACCAAAGGAAUCCGUAAUGUCUGCCUUGUGUUCUACUUUGGGAGUGUGUUUUCGACGUGCAGGGAUGCAAACGAAUACUACACAAAUAUUUCAGCUAUUCGCCAUUCGAAGCUCGUCACUGAGGCGUCCAUCUCCCAACAUGCAACUUAUGAGGCCAAUGACGUCAUCUACCGCUGGUAUUCAACUUGUUAUAGAUAAGCCCGAGUGCCUUAUGGACGAGGAUAUUGUUGUCAAGGCUACUGGACUGUCUCCAAACAACAGUGUCACAAUCCUAGCGACGGCGGAACACAACGGAAAGCUUUUCUGGUCACAUGGUCUGUUUCGAGCCAAUGACAGAGGUGUUGUAGAUUUGAGCACAGAUACACCAAUCAACGGCAGUUAUAACGAGGCGGAUCCUGCCGGUUUAGUUUGGAGUAUGGUUGCAGCACCAUGGUUACCGCAACACAAGCGCAUGUUCCAAGCCCAAGCUAUCAAACCUAGGGUAAUCACUUUCAGCGUAUUCCCUGAAUCAGACCGUCCUUGUGACUACCUCAAUGACAAAACAAAACUACUGGCAUCCGUCGAACAUAAACGAUGGUACAAAUCUUCCAAUACAAGACGAAUACCGAUAGAUCAUCCAAGAAUUAGAGGUACUCUGUUCCUACCAGAAGGGCCUGGCCCGUUCCCGGGGGUAAUAGAUAUCUACGGCGGUCUGGUGCCUUUCAUGGAGGGACGGGCGGCUCUACUUGCAUCCCGGGGGUUUGCCACCAUGGCCUUGGCCUACAUGCACGAGAAAGGUCUGCCACAGAAACUCCGGGACAUUGAUCUCAGCUAUUUUGAGGAAGCAGAGAAAUGGUUCGCUAGUAUACCGGAAGUGCGGUCAGAUGGCCUCGGGGUAUCGUCUUUGUGUCUUGGAGGAGCCGCAGGAUUUUGGAUGGCGCAGAAUAUUCCGAACAUUAGAGCAGUCGUUAGCAUCAAUGGAAUGCCAUUUGGUUUGCGGUUUUGGGCUCACAAUGGACUAGAUAUGGGAUAUCAAACUAGUAUCGAUGAGACUCAAAUCGAACUUAAUCAGGAAGCGAUGUCAAUAACGAAUGUAUUUUCGAUCCCUAAAGUUUCCUUUUUUAAGCCGUGGAUCCAUGGCGCGAACCUCCUUGUGAUAUUGGGUGGGGAUGAUCUGAUGAUGAAGAAGGAACAUAAUGUUCGCCUUUUCGAGGAGCUCAUGCCGCCAGACUACCGCCACGAGAAGGCCGAGCUUGAGCUAUAUCCGGGGGCGGGGCAUUUAAUAGAGCCACCCAACACCCCUUUGAGCCGAGUUAUUGAAGGAGCUUACGAAGCACAAAUAGCGUAUAGCGUAAAGGAACUGAAAUACCAACAUAAUGACUUAGUGCUUUCUGGAGGAUAUCCCAAGGAACAUGCUGCAGCACAAAGAGGGGCGUGGCAGCAAUCAUUAAAAUUUCUCAAAAAACAUCUGUUCUGAAGGAAGGAAGACGUACUACCCUCACAGGUCCUCAUGAGAUAGAUCCUCACAGGUUCUCAAGAGAGAGAUCCUCACAGGUCCUCAAGAGAGAGAUCCUCACAGGUCCUCAGGAGAUAGAUCCUCACAGGUCCUCAGGAGAUAGAUCCUCACAGGUCAUCAAGAGAUAGAUACUCACAGGUCCUCAAGACCUUGACUAUAUGUUGACGUGUGGACUAUUCAAUACUAAUAAAACAUUAACAAAGGAAGCAUCAAACAGGUACUAAAUCCUACUCGCAAUUUUAUUCUAAGUAUAUAUUUCAUCUUAAUAUUUUGUUAGCUUUCACAAAAGGCUUUGUUUUAAAAACGUUCAAAACCAAAUAAAGCUAUCACCAUAUGAUAAUGAAUGCGCAUCACCACCCAAAGUGAUUAUUUAUUGUAUGGUAGUGUGCAGUGUGGAACAUCAAUGUUCCGUUAGAAAGGACAUAGACAUUUGAUACAAGGAUAACAACCAAAAUAGAAGUAAUACUUAACAAUUCCCUGAAACCUUUACUGUUACAUUCGGAGAGGGAAUUCGAAUCCCUUGCUCUAACUCAAUAACGUCCGAUUUUUAUCAUAUUGCUAAGACCGUUGGGCAAUUGGAACAAAAUGUACGUGCAUGUCAUCGUAAAUCGUGCUCACUGUCAUAAAAUAAAGACACAAUGUGAUUGACCAACGAAAACACUCCUUAAAAAUAAACGUUACAGAGUAAUGUAAUUUAGAUAGUUUAGUAAAAAAACAACUGUUAUAGUUAUUUAUGUUUUAAAACAUUGCAAGUUUAUAUAUUGGACAGCGAUUCAAAUAUUGAAAGUUCUAUUAGAGCCCAAAUGAACUGAAAGUUGAGGGAUACUGUGAUUCGCCGUUUCCAUUUUGCAUACCAUAGCAAGCACUGUAAACAUAAACAAAGAUACAUGUUGUACCAAAUAUCAAUACAUGUACAUAGGUCACCAGAUCAGAGGUCAAAUUCGUCGUUCUUAUGCAAUCAUUAUUAAACCUUUUGUUUUUAGAUUUUUAUUUCUAUUUUAUUUUCACACUUUAUACCAGUGUAGGAGUUAUUAACAUAAUAAAAACAAGCUUUUUGAUACUUCGUUGUGAACUUAAUUGGUUGUUUUUAACUCGUGAAGUGCAGUGAUGGGAAACUCCAUCGAGUUCAAUGCUACCUUUAUACAUACACAGAUUAUAGAAGAAAAAGCGCAAAGAAACACCAAAGCCGGAGUUUUCUGUAACCUGAAACUUUAUUCUUAGGGUACGCAUAUUGUUAGUUCAAUAAAUAAAUAAAUAUAACUACUCAAAGCUAUACAAUAGCUUUAACCCUAUAGUAUAGUUAUCACUAUUUCAACUCAUCGGUCACCAUAGUAACCAUCCAGGACACCCGUCGGUAGUAGGCGUAGAGCUCAUUUGAAGAUACAUAUAUAGCUGUUGAAUAUGCUGUUUGCCAAAAAUCCUGCAGGUGUAAAUGAUGAUUUGAUGGAAUGAAGUGUCCUGUGCCAUUACAAAGUUCUGUGGGUUGAUGUCACGGAGUAUAUGACAAUGUUUUAUAUUUUUUUAAAUUUCAAAUUAAAAAAAUAAAAAUAGUACAA